GGCUCGUCGGUGCUGCCAAAAGCGGUCCGAGAGACGCAGCCGCACCAGCACAGCUCGAAUCAGAGUAAUUCGUCGUCGUCGCGGCGCCGAGGCAGCCCGGACAGCCGCGCACCACGAAGCACAUGCAGCCCCUCAUGGACCACAGCAACGCGCCGGAAAUGGAGGCAGACGAGGGCAAGCUCUCGACGCCGCGCCAGCGCCUCCUCGCGGCCGUGGAUCUAGAUGGAGUCAUCGAGACCGAGCCGCGGAGCCCCGUCCAGGAGGGCACCCCCGCGUGGCGGACGCCCGCGCGGCUCGCCGAGGCUUUGAAAAGUGAUGACGACGCCGUGGACGAGGUGGCUGUCGCUCAGGCCCUGGCGCGGCUCCAGGCGAAGCUAAGGGAGGAGCAGACUACAAAAGCGGAACCGCCGCCGCCUCCCGAAAACCUCGAGGCGGCCAUCGCGGCCCACGCCGCUUCUUCGGUAUCGUUGGACGCGGAGGAGGCCGACGUCAAGGCGGCCGCGACGGAAAUGGACGGCGCGCUCGCGUCGCUGCAGAAGUGGCGCGCCGCGCGCGAGGCGGACCGGAAAGCUCUAGAAAUGAAGCUGCAGGCGGAGUACUCGCCGCCGAAGCUCGCGUUGGACCUCGACCGCACGGCGCUGGCCGCGCGGACCGAGGAGGCGCUGUCGUCCGCGCGCGGCGCGCGCGGCCGCGUCGAGGCGCUCCUGAAGGCGCCGCGGGCCGAGGCGCCGUCUGCGAAUCUGCCGGUCUUCCGACGCGACGGCGACGCGUUCCGCGAGGCCGCGGACGCGGAGCUGCGCGAGCUCGAGGCGAACCUCGCGCGGCUCCAGGCGCUCCACGGGGGCCUCGAGGCGUGGUCGGACGACGAUGAUGAUGAUGAGGCGAAGGGGUAAGUAGUAUUGGUG